GUCUACUGGAGCUCAUAUUGACGUUAUCAGAAAGAAAGAGAGCAAGUGUUAGAUGGUCACAUGAUUAACAUUUAAAGAUGUGCAGUUAUUUUAGAUGUUGGUGGAGUUUCACAUCAUUUUACUACAGAGCAGCUUCACAUCAGCACAUCUGUCAUUUUAUUACUGAAGCAGUUUUGAAGAGUUUCUCUUUUCUUAUUUGUGGACUGAAACUGUUGAAGAUGUUUUGGAUUGUUUUGUUCUGUUUGUGUUUCUGGCAUCUGGAUGGUGCGUUUGGUGAUACAGAUGAAAUAUCAGUGUGGGAGGGAGAUUCAGUCACUCUAAACUCUGAUCUUACUGAAAUGAAAGAUUAUGUGAUUCAGUGGAGGUUUGGAAACACUUUAAUAGCUGAAAUCAAUGUAACGGUCGACAGGAUCACUGUAUAUGAUGAUGUUCUUGAUGGGAGAUUCAGAGACAGACUGAAACUGGACAAACAAACUGGAUCUCUGACCAUCACAAACACCACAACUGAACAUGCUGGAGAUUAUAGACUAGAGAUCAAUGGUGUGAGAAAGAAAAAGAUCAAUGUCCAUAUCUAUAAAUCAGUGAAGCCAGUGACAGUGAAGGAGGGAGAUUCAGUCACUCUAAACUCUGAUAUUAUUGAAAUGAAGGACGAUGAUCUGAUUCGGUGGUGGUUUGGAAAUGAAAACACUUUAAUAGCUGAAAUCAAUAAACAGGUCGACAGAAUCACUGUAUAUGAUGAUGUUCUUGAUGGGAGAUUCAGAGACAGACUGAAGCUGGACAAUCAAACUGGAUCUCUGACCAUCACAAACACCAGAACUGAAUAUGCUGGAGAUUAUGUGCUGAUAACUGGAGCAAAACGAUCAUUAAAAGCUUUCAGAGUUUCUGUCUAUGUCUCUGUCCACUGUUGUGGUCCUACUGAAGCUGUGAUCCGAUUGGUUCUCUCUGCUCUGGUGGGCGUGGCUACUGUCAUUCUUCUGGUUUAUGACAUCAGAUCCAGAAGAGCUGAACAACAUCAAGCACAUAUUCACACAUCAGGAAGUAUUGAUCUAAAGCAGAACACUGAACUUUAAAGGUUCUUCAAGUGUGUUUUUUGUUCUUCUAUUGUUUUUCUCAUAAUAAAUACUGAUGAUUGUUU